CAACUUUAUCAAGAUAACAGAAAGCCAAAGGUUUUCAGCUUCGAAAGAAUUGAAAAAUGGCUUUUAGUGUUGGGUUCUGUCAGAAUCUUCUCGCAAAGUCUCAGGCUUCUUUAAUUCCUCCUGUUUUUGCAGUUUCACAUAGUUCAGUAGUUUCUUCAUUGUCAGCUAAGAAUGCUGCAUGUCAUCACAAGAAGAAGCUCAAGCACCCCAGAGGACUGACGAGAGCAUCAGCUGAAGGACUUCCCAGUGAAUUAGUUGAGGAUUCGAAAUUUGUUCCUCUAAAUGCUGAUGAUCCCACAUAUGGUCCACCUGCUUUAUUGUUGCUUGGAUUUGAAGUUGAAGAGGCAGAGAAGAUACAACAGUUUUUAAAGGAAAUGGAUGGUGAAUUCUUGGAGAUUAUUUAUUGUACUGAAGACAUGAUUACUCAUUCACUUUGGGAAGCUGUGAAUACAAGGCAACCUAAUUUGGAAGAAGUGAAGAUUGCGAAGUCACUUCCACGGAUCUGUUUUUUCUCUGGUCUUAGUGGGGAGGAGAUGAUGAUGUUCAUUGACGCUUUUCCAGAAACUGGAUUAGAGCCAGCUGUAUUUGCUGCUCUUGUUCCCAAUAGUGCUGAUAAACCAGUAGCUGAGUUGAUAGAUGAGAUUCUGGGAGAUCAUGAGAUGCUGACUGCACAACAGUCAGGCUCCACAUAACAUGGACAGUGCAGCUUAAUGGUGGUUGAAUGCCAUGAAGAAGGGUGGUUCUUAGGGGUUCUUUUUCCAUGUGAUGCCAUGUCACAUUUUGCUACUUAAUUUAGAAUUCAAUCUUCACCACCGAUGCAAGUCUCAGUUACAGAAACCACAUAAACUUUGCCAUCCUUGUUUAAUUUUACUCUUAAAGCAUGAGCAGGUAAAAUUAUCGAAGCCAUACCAUCACAAUUCUUCUAAUAGAAGGCAAAAUUACCGUUCUUCCAAAGUUUGUAUGUCUUCAGCAAUUCCGAGUCAUGAAGCUUUUAUCCUUCUUUGCAACCCUGUUAUUUGUUUUAUUACUUACUGCCAGUGAAGGUUUCAUUUUAUAAUUUUAUUUUAUAUGUAUAAACUUUUAGCAGUUUAUUAAAGAUAAUAAAUUUAUAGAUUUGGUUCUGGAGGA